AUAAUCAAGUCAAUUUACAAGUCCUGGCCAAGGCAUUGAAAUUACAUAUGGCGGAUAUUUUCCAACAUAUGGAUAUGGCUUCCAGUGGUGAAGACGCUAUUGAAAAAUUACGACAACAGUUUUAUGAUAUGAUCCUGAUGGAUAUUGAUAUGCCUGGAUUAAAUGGGAUUGAUGCUGCUUCUUGGAUUCGAAGAGGACAUCAACAACAACAAGAACAACAACAACAACAGUUGGCAUUUGUUUUAACUCAAAAUAGAUAUAUACCUAUUGUUGCCGUCACCACUAAUAUGUCUAUGGAAUGGAAAAAAGCUUAUUUGAAGGUUGGCAUGGUAGGUUGAUAAUAAUAACAAAUAGGUGAGAUAAUGAACCUAAUUUUUUUUUCU